AAACAACCAAAAAUCAAGGUCGACCAGCGGCUAUAUCAUAUUAAUAAUAUUUGUCCUUAGAUUAAAAAUAAAAAUAACAUUUUGUUUUUGUUAUGCUCAAUGUUCAACGAUUUACAUUAGUGUUUCGUGUUUUUGUUAUUAUCUUGUAAUUACGUGUGCUUUAUCGAUGAAUCUGUGAAAAACGGUUUGUCUAUUCAGAACUUAAGAUAAUAAGUUAUAUAAUACGAGUUGACAUAAUAAUUUUUUUUAGAAAACAUUUAUUGUCUUUAAUUUUUUCUGUAAAUUUUUAAUAACAAUAAUUUUUUUCUCUUGAUCGCUUAAUUACUACAAAUAAAGCUUAUUGAAAAGUAAUGUGUAGAAUCGUCUACAAAUUUUAAGUUUUUGUUAAUAAUAAAUAAUGAAAUUGUUAGAAAGUUCUCAGUUGAAUGCCCUAUCGCGGGCUUUGUGUGUUGAUCGUGGCGAUGUUAAAGUUAUUGCCAGAAUUGAAAGCUAUAGCUGUAAAAUGGUUGGCGAUGAAAAACAAUUGUAUAAGAAAUUUUACCAACAAAGUGGCACACAGCCAAAUGACUUGGAAGCUUUGUGUUCUCCUAGUGAUAAAUACAACAGUUUUGGAAGAAGUUUAAGUGUUUCUGGAGACGAUGUAGAUCAGCUAUGUGAUACAAUAUCUCGAAAAUCUUUGUUCUAUUUAAUUGCUACUUUAAAUGCUACAUUUGCUCCUGAUUAUGAUUUCACUGAUGCUAAGUCAUCUGAGUUUAGUCGUGAACGUAGUCUUCAAUUGGUGAUACGUGAUGUAGACAAUAACUUAAGUACAGUUCUUACAGAGUCUUCAACAGAUGGAGAAACAUUAAUGAGCCGUCGUACUUCUGAUUUGAAUCAAGAUGUGAUCAAAUCUAGCUACAGCCAACUGAGACACAAAUUAUGGGAAGAAAUUGACAAAGAAAUUGUAAUGUCCCAAUGUGAUAUUUAUAGUUACACACCAGAUAUGAGAUCCGAUCCAUUUAGUGAAGAUGGAUGCUUGUGGUCUUUUAAUUACUUUUUUUAUAACAAGAAACUUAAAAGAAUUCUGUUUUUUACUUGUCGUCGUAUAGUUGGAUCUUGCUAUCCCAUGGACUUUGAUGGAUCUAUACCUUCUAACGAAAUGAUGAUGCACCAAUAUUAUGACGAUGAUGAUAAUGAUACUUCCUGCCGGCACAAUCAUAGUAGGGAAAGAAGUCCAUUAUCUAGCAGAUGGUAAUUUCAUAGUAUUAAAAAAAUAAUAUGUACUUGAACUCUAUCCUUUUUCAUUUUUACUGUAGUAACUAAUUUUAU